AUGAACACCGAGCAGAACAACAUCGAUAACGAUGACAAUCUCUUCGUUUUUGAGCCCUGCGAGGGUCCAUACGGCCUUUCAGCCCCAUCCUCGUGCGGUGCAGCAAGCUCUCUGAACAACGCUGCAGCCAUGCCUUCCCAUGAUGCUCCUUUCACAUCUGGGGAGCAGGCCGAACGCUCAAACUCUCCAAACUACUCAGACAAAGGCAAAGGAGUAUCGAUGCCCAUGCCAAUUCGCACUUCGACGAUUAUUCACGAUCUUUUCGAUGUGUCGCUGUCGAACACCUCGCCAUCCCAGGCGCCGUCCAGUUUCUCACCCUCCGACUUUUCCUCGUUCAGCCCGUCGUCUUUCGCAUUCUCUUUCCCAUCGUCAUCCAGCUCUAGUUAUAAAACAAGCCUGGCCUCCCCUAUAUCCGAUCUAUUUGGAGAAGGACGGAGCUUUGACAAUGACGGCGAGACCCGCUCCGGGAAGGGCAAAGGCAGGGAAAUGCCUCCAGUUCUCCCUCCACUCACCUUUUGCCCUACCGAGAUGGGUGAAGGGAACCCGCCUUGGGUGACCUUUGAAGAUCCCAAUCCUUCCUCGUCAUUCAACAGCCCCGUUGGGAGUAGCAUUGCUGCCGAGUCGUCAUCCGUACGCCCUUCACCCCCCAUCGUAAACUUCAAUGUUGCGGACGGCAUUGCCUCGUCGGCAUCUAGCAGCGAAGAUCUUUUCCAUGCUCCGCUUCGCUGCAACAUGAAUGCCGCUUCCGAUUUCAUAGUAGAGCAGGCGAGGCCCUCUCACCCGCAUCGGCCACAGAGCUACCUAGCUCGCAAGCUCGCUUUUGGGAGAAACAGCACACCCACCCCGAGCCGUCCGACUUCGCCGCCUUCGGGAGUAGGGGUGGCUCCACCUGAAUCUCGAGGCGAUGACACAAUUGUCCUGGGAGGGAAUGGAAGGGGCCUGUGGUACACGGCGCCGAAGGUCGAUGAAAGUCCCACAAUCGUGUCUCGACCCCCUCCACCUAUUCCCCCAUUACCAUUGGUCGUUACACCUUCUCGACCUACGUCCCCCAGACUCUUGAAGCACAAGGGUCGUUCCCAGUCGGAACCUCUUCCAUUCUCCGUUUUAGACUACGUCCCGAUCUCUUGCACCGACUUGUUCGAGCCCCUUCCCUUGUUCAUCAAGAAUUAUUUCGGUGACAUACUUCCACGGGAGAUCCAUCUUCACAUCUUACGAUCCUUUGUGGAGAUUUACAUUGAUGACCAUCGACGCGCGGUGGAAAGCGGGCGCUGGUCGGUUUACAGGGCAUCAGCAUCGAGAAACCAAUGGGUAGGAAGGGACAAGGGUGUGCGAGAGCUGGUCAAGCUAAGCAGGGUUUCAAAAUCUUGGAGAACUGCCGUAUACGACGGUCAGUUGUGGAUAGAUCUAGAUCUGCAUGGUCUUCCCAGGCUACCUCAACAUGUCACCCAGCGCAUCGCUCAGACAGGAGGCCCGUUCAUUCAGCGACUGAACCUCGCUGGCCAUGCCCACAUUGAACCCGAACACCUAAUAGACAUCACAGACAGCCUCUGUCUGACGGUCCCAUACGAUUCAUCAGCCUACACACAACUCACUUCCAUUAAUCUGCAAGGUUGCACCAAUUUGACAACCCAGUCUCUCCACCGUCUCCUCAUUCGAUCUCGGAACCUCGAGACGUUGAUUUUGAAGGGCCUGGGAUGCGUGACGAAUACGACAUGCGAGAUCCUUGCGGCCUAUUGCCCGCGACUGACGUCUCUGAACCUCAGUCGCUGCCCGAACAUGGACGCCAGUGGCAUUGGCUUUAUGGCCAAAUCCGCGCUUGCACGCCAGCAGCACCUUCAGCUCAAGGAGUUACGACUCUCUGGUCUUAAGUACACCACGGAGUCGAUGAUGCAGGCGCUUGGGUGUGCGACGCCCCUCCUGGAGGUGCUGGACCUCAGCUAUGCUCGCCAACUUCGAAAUGCGGCUUUGGAGGCCUUUGUGGCUUGCGACGACGACGACGAUGAAAUGGAAAGCGACACGGUUGUAGUUUCGGCUCGAGACCUCGGACGGGACACGGGCAGCGACACGGGCCCGGGGAGAUAUAGGCGGCGCAUAACACGACUCCGACAUCUCAACUUAUCGUUCUGUCCACUCCUGACGGAUACUGCCUGUGCCAAUCUCUCGCAUUCUAUUCCACGGCUCGAGUUUCUAGAGUUGGCAGGGAUAGGAUCUGAUAUGAGGGAGGCGGGUUUAAUACGGUUGCUGGAAAGGACGCCGUUUAUCAAACGUUUGGAUUUGGAGGACGCUUCAGAUCUCACCGACACUUUCCUAGCUGCCAUAACCCCGGUCCCAGAUAAACCCACAUCCACAUCCACCUCCCCCACCUCCACGCCCACGGAAGAUGACCCACAGCCCGGAUAUGUCUUACAACAACUCAUAGUCUCGUACGCUUCACAACUGAGCGAUGAUGCGCUCCUCAACCUGAUCCGCAACUGUCCCCAACUCACCGUCCUCGAAGUCGACAACACGCGUAUCGGGAGUGCAGUCUUCCGCGAAUUCGUACGGCUGAGCAAGGAACGUCAGCUCAAAAACGCUAAGAUCGCCGCGGUGGAUUGUCGUGGGAUUGGAGAGAGCGUUGUUAAAGAGUUGACAGGAUCCACCCGACCGAGGCGGGGAUGGCGAGCUUAUGCUGCACGGAAGCUUUGUUACCUUGAUGGCAGGGAUGGGAAUGAAGAGGAUCUGAAGAUUGGGCAGGACGAGUGCGAUGAAGGGAGAGUGGUAGUGAAGACGUUCUACUCGUGGCAGACUGUGGAUGCUGUCAAGGCUAAUCGAGAGAAGAGGAGGAAGGCCAACUCUAGACGGGCUGUGAGCACGUCGAGCGGACGUGAGGACGAGGAUGGAGGAGGUGGGAGUGGGGGAAGGACACGUUGGUGGUCCCCUGGAGGCCGACGAUCUGGACGAACCUCUCCACCGGUCAUGACCGACAUUCCGAACGAGGGUUGUCGGACCAUGUAA